AUGGUGGAGUUCAAUGCAUUUUGGCUAUCUUUGUACAUAUCUGGAUCAUAUGUAGCUGCGAUAUAUUCAACUACAAAGCAAGCAGAGGAUUACCCAAGCGGAAGAGACGAUCCGAGAGUCAUCAAAUCAAGAAUACAGCGUGUUUGCUUUAUUACUUUAAUAAACGCAAUCAAGAUUCCAUGGAUUCUGCAUUCGCAGGUAGAGCAGCUUUCAUAUCGUGAAGCGUUCCUAAACUUAGGACUAAUACCAGGAUAUUAUAGAAAAGGUAAUUGGGAUAUCACAACAUAUAUCCACGAUAUAUGUAAAGGCAUGGCCCUUAUGGCCUUUCUAUACGUAGGUCCUCUAUUGGAUUCUCUGCUAUACCUAGUUUUUGUGACAAGAGGGACUGGUUUGAAAGAAUUCAGCGAUGAGGUAUUCAGCAUUUGGGGCCUGAGGAAUUACUUCUUCGCACCGUUCACCGAGGAGCUGUUCUAUACCUCCAUGCUACUCAACACAUAUCUGGCGUUGAAACCUGACACGGGGCUGAAUUUCAGGUUAUUGAUUUGGCAAACACCUCUCUUUUUCGGGUUGGCUCACGCUCACCAUGCCUACGAACUCUUAGAACAAGGUAUUUUAGGCUGGCCAACGAUUCUAUUGAAUACGAUUUGCCAAACAGCCUAUACGACACUAUUUGGCACCUUUACGAAUUAUGUCUACCUGAGAUCUGGCGGAAAUCUGUGGUCAUGCAUCGUAAUUCAUGCAAUUUGCAACUAUAUGGGGUUCCCAGAGUCUUCAAGGCUCCACAUGCAUUUUACAGUCGUUAAGAAGCCUGAGAAUAUCCAUGUAAGAAGACUAGUAGAUCUUUGGAAAAAAUGCUAUCUUGUACUACUUCUUAUGGGAAUUCUUUUUUUUAAGAACCAGUUCGAUGCAUUGACCCAGUCAAAGUGGAACUUAGGUGUGUAG